AGGAAGUCUUGAUUCUCUUGAAAUAAACCGACUGCUGAGACAGCGGCAAGUUUGAAUCCAUGCCAAAGAUCUGUACGCGCAUUUUGGCUAUAAUGAAUAGCAUAGUUUCUUAAUCUGGCUAAAAGGUCCACAUUAACACGAAAUACAUCCCUGUUUCAUCUUUAAAAUAGGUGAAGAUUUUCGUGCCAACGCGUGAAGCGGUGUCUGGGAAAACUGGUUUGACCGGAGAACCGGGCGAAAGCGGUAUGAACUGGAUCAACCUCAAUCCUAACCUUGAGACGUUGGAAGAGUUUUGUUAUGGUGGAUAACGUUCUCACUGAAUAUACACUCUUAAAAACUUGUCUUUAACGAAACUAAAUCGUCAUCAAUGCCUGUUGCAAUGACUAGUAUCGAACAAGCGUCUUCUUUGCUGGAUUUUAGUCAAAAACUUGACAUAAACCUUCUUGACAAUGUUGUGUUCUGUUUCUACAGCAGCGACGGCGCAGAGCAAAAAGCGGCAAAUCAAGUACUCACACAGCUAAAACAGCAUCCAGAUGCAUGGACAAGAGUUGACAGCAUACUUGAAUAUUCGAAAAGUUUACAAACCAAGUUUUUCGCUCUGCAAGUCUUGGAAGUCGUGAUUAAAACUCGAUGGAAGAUUUUACCUAGAGAGCAAUGUGAGGGGAUAAAGAAAUACAUUGUUGGAUUGGUCAUAAAGAACUCCAUGACAGCUGACAACCAAAUUGAGAAAGACAAGUCUUAUGUUGGAAAAUUGAACAUGAUUUUGGUUGAGAUCUUAAAGCAUGAAUGGCCAAAAAAUUGGCCAACUUUUAUCAGCGAUAUUGUUGGUGCCAGUAAAGCGAAUGAAACUAUUUGUGAAAAUAAUAUGAAAAUACUAAAACUUUUAAGCGAAGAGGUUUUUGAUUUCUCAAGUGGUCAAAUUACUCAGACAAAAGCUAAACAUCUCAAGGACUCAAUGUGCAGUGAAUUCUCACAGAUUUUUACACUUUGUCAGUUUGUAAUGGAAAAUUCUCAGAAUGUACCUUUGGUUGAAGCAACCUUGCAAACACUACUAAAAUUUCUAAACUGGAUUCCACUAGGCUAUAUAUUUGAAACCAAACUCAUAACAACUAUGAUAUACAAGUUCCUUAAUGUUCCAAUGUUUCGAAAUGUAACUUUGAAAUGUCUGACAGAGAUUGCUGCUAUUAUUCAUUCACAAUAUGAUGAUCAGUUUUUACAACUAUAUACACUGACAAUGACUCAAUUGAAGCAGAUGUUGCCAUUGUCGACAAAUAUCAAAGAGGCAUACACAAAUGGUCGAGAUGACGAGCAGAAAUUCAUCCAAAAUUUAAGUUUAUUUCUCUGCAGUUUUUUAAAGGAACAUGGGCAACUUGUAGAGGCAAAGGUUGAUCUUCAUACAACAUUGUUAGAGUCUCUCCAUUACUUAGUCUUGAUAUCAGAAGUAGAAGAAAUUGAAAUAUUCAAGAUAUGUCUUGAAUAUUGGAAUAAUUUAGCUGGAGAUUUGUACCGAGAAAGUCCAUUUUCAUCGUCUCACAGUCCUUUGCUCAUUGGCUCAUUGCAACAGCAGAAUGUGCCUCCAAGAAGGCAGAUCUAUUUACAAGUGUUGUCAAAGGUUCGAAUAACGAUGAUAUCAAGGAUGGCAAAACCGGAGGAAGUUCUUGUUGUCGAGAACGAUCAAGGUGAAGUCGUACGUGAAUUUAUGAAAGAUACGGAUGCCAUCAAUCUUUAUAAGAAUAUGAGAGAAACCUUGGUAUAUCUUACUCACUUGGACUAUCAAGACACUGAAGUCCACAUGACUGAGAAACUACAGGCACAAGUAGAUGGUUCUGAAUGGUCAUGGAAAAAUUUGAACACUCUAUGCUGGGCCAUAGGCUCCAUCAGUGGCGCCAUGCACGAAGAAGACGAGAAGAGAUUUCUAGUUACUGUAAUCAAGGAUUUACUUGGACUGUGCGAGAUCAAACGAGGGAAGGAUAAUAAAGCAAUAAUCGCGUCGAAUAUAAUGUACAUAGUUGGUCAAUAUCCACGAUUUUUAAGAGCUCAUUGGAAGUUCCUCAAAACUGUUGUAAAUAAAUUAUUUGAGUUUAUGCACGAAACACAUGAUGGUGUUCAAGAUAUGGCCUGUGACACUUUCAUAAAGAUUGCACAGAAAUGUCGACGUCAUUUUGUCCAGGUGCAAGUGGGUGAAGUAAUGCCUUUUAUUGAGGAAAUACUCAACACUAUUCAAUCCAUUAUAUGUGAUUUACAGCCUCAACAGAUUCAUACAUUCUAUGAAGCUGUCGGCUACAUGAUAAGUUCCCAGUUGGACGCAGUUGUUCAGGAAAGACUUAUUGAGAAAUACAUGUCUUUACCGAAUCAUGUUUGGGACACUAUCAUAAAAGAUGCGACAAAGAAUGUGGACACCUUGAAGAACAUGGAAACUGUAAAACAACUUAGUAAUAUUUUAAAGACAAAUGUUCACGGUUGCAAGGCUAUUGGUCAUGCUUUCGUCACGCAACUUGGUCGUAUUUAUCUUGACAUGUUAAACGUUUAUCGAUGUCUUAGCGAGAACAUUUCAUCGGCUGUAGCCGCUAAUGGACCUUUGGUUACCAAGCAACCAUUAAUACGGGGGAUGCGUGGCGUGAAAACGGAGACAUUGCGGUUAAUCUCGACAUGGGUUAGUAAGUCGAAUGACGCUAAACUCGUGUGUGAUAAUUUCAUCCCACCAUUACUGGAGGCUGUGCUUGGUGAUUAUCAACGCAAUCUACCUGCCGCUCGGGAACCGGAAGUAUUGAACACCAUGGCAAUGAUGACGAAUAAGCUUGGGAAUUUCGUUACAGACCAGAUACCGCAAAUAUUAGAAGCUCUUUUUGGCUGUACGUUGGAAAUGAUAAACAAGGAUAUGGAGGAAUGGCCCGAACAUCGAACGAAUUUCUUUCUACUACUUAAAGCUGUUGUUGAACAUUGUUUUACAGCUUUGUUGAAAAUACCUGCAGAACAAUUCAAACUUGUCCUUGACUCCAUUGUCUGGGCCUUUAAACACACAAUGCGAAAUGUUGCGGAUACAGGAUUAGAAAUCUUGUAUACUUUGUUGAAAAAUGUCGAGAAAAGUGAUACGUCAUCGCAGAACUUUUAUCAAACUUACUAUACAAUGAUUUUACAACAUAUAUUCUCUGUUGUCACUGAUACCUCUCAUACUGCAGGUCUUAACCAUCAUGCCACUAUUCUUUCACACAUGUUUCAUUUACUGGAAGCUGGAAAGAUUGUGGCUCCACUUUAUGAUCCUGCACAUCAUCCCGGUGUCUCUAACAACCACGAAUACGUUCAACAGUUUGUGUCGAAUCUUCUCAAACAGGCUUUUCCUCAUUUAAACGGUGAUCAAUUACGUAUUUUGGUGGAAGGUUUCUUCACGUUAAAUCAGGACAUACCGGCAUUUAAGGAACAUUUGAGAGACUUCUUAGUUCAAAUCAAGGAAUUCCGCGGUGAGGACACCUCUGAUCUGUUUUUACUGGAACGCGAAGCUGAACUGAAGAAGGCACAGGAUGUUAAACGACAAAUUCAGUUGACGGUACCGGGUAUUAUAAAUCCCCAUGACAUACCGGAAGAAAUGCAGGAUUAGUUAAUAUCCUACUUUCAUCCCCUUAUGUCCAUGUUUUAUCACCAUCAUCUAUCCUUCUCCUCCUCAUUCAGUUGUGAGACUACGUUGAGUCUACCUUACGGCUUGAGGGGGAAUGAAUGAUAGUUUUGUUCUCUGCGUUGACUGAAGCAACAAGAACUAUGAUACUAUCGAUUGUUGUUCCUUUCGAAAACUUGGACUAUAUAUGUGAUUUUAGGAUCACAAAGUAUCAAGUGAUGGAUCCACAAGUACCCUUUCCAAUAGUACGUAGUAUAAGUACCAUGUGGGCCAUUAAAGACAAUUGCCCUUUAUAAGAGCGCGCUAUCUUUGUUUAUUGAAGUUUCAUCUCUAUUAUUUCCAUCUAUUUAUGAAAAUAAUUUUUCGAUUCUUA